CUAAACAUACCAGUUGGUUUGCCUCUAUGCCGUAAGCUCAAAAAGCCAACUUGUAACAUGAAAAACAGAUUGUUUUUUUUACUCUUUAUAAUAUCCACUGUUAUAUCCGUGGAAACAACAAAAAAUGGAACAGAAAAGAAGCCAGAAGUUGAAAUUGAAAAACUAUCACAAGUCGAAAAAUGUGAAAAGUUCGUCAAACCUACAGACUUAGUUAUUCUUGAUAUGGAUAUAUGGUAUAAAGUUGGUGCAACAGUGGAAAACAGUCGGUCAAAGGACGGAGUUAAAAUACCAUACACGCUUCAACUCGGGGAUAGAAAAAUGCCCAUAGCUGUGGAAAAUUCCAUCAUCGGAAUGUGCGUAAAUGAGCAAAGAAAAAUAACUGUACCACCUCAUCAUGCAUAUGGGCACAAGACUAUCAAGUUCCAAGAUGGAAGAAUUUUGACAGGGGAAGCAACCGUGAUAGUCGAAGUAAAGGUGAUACAGAUACUUAGAACUACUGAACAGGAAAUGCAAAACUUUUUUCAAAUACUUGACACCGACGAUAAUAAAGAGAUUGACCAAGAAGAGUUACAAGCUGUAAUUGAGUUAUUUGAGGCUGCUAUUGACAAAGACCAAUUUGAAAGAGAAAAAAUGAAAUCACUUCUGACUGCCUCAUUUAAAACCUUUGACAAAGAUGGAAAUGGCGUUAUAAGCGAAGAUGAGUUCUACAACUCCACAGAAGACAAAAGAGGGUUCCGCGAAGAAGAUGUACAAGUAAUGAAACCUUUACUAAAAGGAAUGAUGGAAAGAUACGCAAAACACACUCAAGACAAUCCACCAGAUGCUCCUUGUCCAACAUGUCCCGAAACAAUAGAAGAUUGUCCUCCUGUAUCGUGCGAGGACGAAGACCCAUCUGCUUCAAGUGGAUGUCCGGCUAAAACAACUGAAAAUGUAAAAGUGGUCAAACCCAAGAUUAAAUAUGUAAAGAAAAGAAGUAAGGAGUCGAAAUCAAACACGGAAAAGAAAGAUAGGAAAAAACAGGAAAAACAUGAUCCAAAAGACGAACUAUAAAUCUUUUGAUGUGCACACUAAAAGAGAAACAACUAAUUUUUUUCUUCAUUUUUUGUGUCUUUAAUUUGACUUUUUGUUAGCCUUUACAUCUCACACCCAUUUCAUUUUGAUCGAUAGAUAAUUACAAAAUGUAUAAAUAUCAUAUGCACCGUUAAAUAUUUAUGGUUCCGUAUAAUUUUUAAUAUAUAUUUCAGCGCAGCAUGUUUAGGUGCGCCUUAUAUAGUUUUAAAUUGAACAAAUUAUGAAUGUUUCCAAUUCCCUCUAUCUAGCUAUUUAAAGUUAAAUGUAAGUGACAGAAUAAUAAUUUUUUGGUGAAAGUUGAAUUGUCUUUCUAUGAAUCAAAGCAGAUUGCCAAAAAAAACCUUGUCGAUAAGAAAUGUGUAUAUCAUGUGUAUAAGUGUUUUGAACGACUGUAAAUUUUCAUUUCUUCGUUCUAUAAACACAAACUUAUUUAUUUUGUAAACAAUAUUUCUAUUCUCAACUUAAACUGUAAACCUUACCACACAAUUAUUUUCAUUUAUGCGUGUACAUUAUAGUAUACGGCGGGUUUUUAACUGUUCAACGUUUUUUUUAUUUUAAAUUAACAUUGCACAGCUAUAUGCUACUUGUGCCUUUUUUUCACCCCUCAUUUCAUUUAUUUUGUAUUUACAUUGUAUCAUAGAUCAAAUUUAUUCGUUAUGUAUAUGUUCAAUAGUGUGAAUAUUUAUUUUGAUGA